GGCUUACAGGCAGAGACACCUGAAGAGGUCAGAGAGAAUGGCUCCCGCGCUCAACACCCGACACGCUACGGUUUUGAAAGCUUUCUUUAUUUCUGGGACCCUGCUGCUUGUGUUGGGCGUGUAUGGAGUCGAUGACAAGGUGGGGCAAAGCAACAGGAAGCAGGAAUGUUCGUCACGGAGCAAAGAUCGAAAGAUGGCGGGCGUGCUAGACAGGGCGCCGAGGAGGGCCAUGGAUGCUGUGAAGCUGGUGUUUGACACAGACGCCACGUUCCCCCAGCCAGUUCCAUAUGACCCGUCUCAGAGUUCCAUAUCACCAUGGAAUUACAGCUCCAUCACAGAUGAUAACCUGAUUCCUCCAGUCAUCCCCCAAGCUUAUUGCCUGAAAGAGGGCUGUCUGGAUGCCGACGGAGUGGAGGACAUGAACUUGAUCUCCAAACCCAUCCUCCUCCAGAUCAUGGUCCUGAGGAGAGUGAACCAGAAGAACCGCAUUGUCCUCAAGAUGGAAAAAAAGAUGGUCAGCGUCGGCUGCACCUGCGUCCGCCCAUUUGUCCUGUCUCAAGAUUAAUCUGCCAUGAGCCAUUAUAAGGCAGUGAGAGCACUGUGCAGAAAUUUUAUUUAUUUAAACUAUUGAAAAUUUAUUUAUAUUCAUUUAAUUUAUUGUCAUGUAUACUGUUGAAAGUAUUCAUUCCAUUUCAAGGAUAUUUAUUAUCAGUUACUAUUGCUGUAGUAUUUACAGUAUAUAGUAUUUGGAUUUAAUAUAAAUAAAAAUCUUUCCACUGGUACUGUGAAUUAGCUGAAUUUUGCUUUUUUAUCCAUAUAUUUCACUUUAUGCGGCUAAACAACAGUAACAAAGACAGUCUACUCUUAGCAGUUUUAUAAAAGUG